AAUUUUUUGGUCUUAACUUUACAAUUGAACAAGAAUUUCUAAAAGUUAUAGAAAAUUGUCUAUGAAAUAACAAAAGAUUUCAAAAAUAUUUGAACAAGAAGCUACUAUUCCUUAAAUACUAUUUAUAACCAAACUGAAAAGCCCAGAUCGCUACGAUUCGAUCUUCUCCGCGUGAAUACCUAUCCGUAGACCGAUCCCAAGCUGGGUAGUCCAUUCCUGAGCAUUACGCCGGCGGGUGGCAGCAGCAAUCCCUCGCCCACGCCUCCACCGCCCGACGCCAAGGUGGCGGCCAAGCAGCUGGCCCAGAGCUUCCAGCUGUCCGCCAAUUCCGCCUUCAACUUGGCCCUUCCGCCGGCAUUCUACCGAGCACCACCGCAGCAGCACCCGGAGUGCUUGGACUACGGCCACGAAGCGCCCGAGAUGGAUCUGAUAAAUCCGUAUAUGCGCCAUCAUAGUUUUGCGGCUGCCGCCCAGGGAAGUCCCCCGUCGGCGGCGCAACGUCAUCAUUUGGCGGCGGCCAUGAGCAAUGGCUUCGCGGAUGUCCAUGCCCAUGCGAUGGCGGCGGCGGACUACCAACAACAGUUGGCCGAUUACCACAGUGCAGCGGCGGCAGCGGCCGUUUAUGCCAACAACAAUAAUAAUAAUAACAAUAAUAGCAGUAACAAUAACAACAGCAGUCCGUUAAUGUUGCUAAAGGCGGCACAUGGCGGAGGUCUCAAGGAUUCGGACUCGCCAUCGACGACACCGCCACCCGCCUCCUCCAGACUCCAUUCUGACUCCUCGCCAUCUCCGCGGUACGAACACAAUUCCAGUCCCGGUGUGGACAGCGCCAAGUCGUAUGCCUUGAGCCAGAGGAGCAGCGGAGCGGAGGAUCCAUGUCAGACCAGCGAAUCCGCAAGUCCACCGCCGCAGGGCCAGAACGACUACAGUCCCGAGAAUCUCAGCAGCCAGAGGGCAAAGUUCCAGCACCAUCAUGGAGUGAACCCACUGGCGUUGCACAAUGCCAACCAUGGCGGAAACCCCGGAGGUCACAACAACAAUAACCACAUGGAUCACAAGCUCCCACUGAGUUUUCUCGGUCCCCCGCUGGCCGCUCUUCACUCGAUGACCACGGAAAUGAAGGGUCAAGGAGUCGGUGGAUCGUCGGCGUCGGCAAAUGGCUUGUCCUACAGCCACAUCCCGAAUUCGCAUUUGAUCAGUGAUCGCGGAUCCGGUGGCAGCUCAUCGUCUUCCUCCACCACGGCCACGAACACGAACAGCCAGGGUGCACCCAAUCCGCACGGCAUCGACACCAUCCUCUCCAAACCGCCGCCGGUGACAUCGGCGGGUCUAAGUGCUUUAACAGGAGCUGGCAUUCCCCGCUUCUCGAUCGCCGCCGCAGCAGCGGGAAUGGCCCAGUAUCUAUCGCAGAGCCAAGGGGCGCCACUGAAGACCCACGCCGGACACAUAGUGGACCGCACGCACCUGUACUGGCCAGGAUUACAGGGACUGGUGGCCAAUCCCAUCGCGUGGCGCGAACGGCUCUCCAACACGAUGACCGCCAAUCUGUCUCAAUCGCAUCAGCAUCACCCAUCGAACGACAAGGAUGGCAAAAAGAAACACACCCGCCCAACAUUCAGUGGUCAGCAGAUCUUCGCCCUGGAGAAGACAUUCGAGCAAACCAAGUAUCUGGCCGGACCAGAGCGUGCCAAGCUCGCUUACGCCUUAGGAAUGUCCGAGUCGCAGGUUAAGGUCUGGUUCCAGAAUCGUCGCACCAAAUGGCGCAAACGGCAUGCGGCGGAAAUGGCCACGGCCAAAAGGAAACAGGACGAUAUGGGCGGCGAUAACGAUGGCGAUUGCAGCGAGACCAUGGAUAGCGAUAACGAAAGUCUCGAUAUGGGGGAGUCCCCGGCUCAGAACAAGAGAUGUCGCAGCAACAGUUCUGGAUCCUCGCAGCAGCAGCAGGAUAAUUAUCGUCAUUAAAACGAAUUUACAAACUAUGCAAUGACAUGGACUCGCAAUGAAAUGGAAUGGAAUGCACUUAGAAUAAAUUUCAGUGCGCCAGCGCCAGCUAAUUAGCUAGAAAGCCCAGCAAAAGCAGCCACAAAAGCAGCAGCAGCUAGAAACAAUUUCAGCUAAAUGAUUUGGGUUCAAGUUUUAAGGUUUUGCCACUUUACCGUCUUCUGAAGACUUCAUUUCUCCCCUCCAACUCUCUUACUUAUUUCCCCACUUUGUUCAAUAGGUGUGUAAAUAUUUAUGUUAAUUUUCUAAAUAAUACAUCUAACAUGAAGCUUAAUUAACGCCACUAUUUAAUAAGCAAAUCGAAAGGAGUUGAGGCACUGGCACAAAAAUUAAACUGAAUUUAUUACAUAUUGUAUGUUUAGUUUCUAAUCCUUAACUUUAAUGUAAUUUCGUGCAUUAAAACCGACUUUAGUUCAUACAAUUAAAAAUAUAUAAAUACUAUUAACUAUGCUAACUGAGAUUGCGCAACACUAUUCACAAUAUUGAUGAUACAAGCGCAAAACAUGAUGAUUAACUA